CCCCCCUCGGCCCGCCGCCUUCUCCCCGGCGUAUUCCGCCUUUCCCCCUCAAACGGCUCUCGGGGCGGUCGGCGCGAGGCGAGUCCUGCGCAUCCGCGCCAAGGGAGAGGAGGCGGCGGCGGCGGAAGAAGCGGCUCCGCGACGGCUCCCUUCCGCAAGGCCAACGGCGCCGCGCUCCCGAGCCAGGCCCGCGUUCCGAGCGGUCGGGCGUCGCGCGGUUGCUGAGGGGACGACGCGGGGCGACGGCAGCCUGCCUUUUCACCCCGCGUCAAGAUGGCGGCGGCGGCGACUCCUCCUGCUGCCGCUUCCCCGCCGCUUCAGGAGUUCUCCGUGGCCGAGGAGCGGAGCGGGCACUGCGCCGUGGUGGACGGCGGCUGCCUCUACGUGUGGGGGGGAUACGUGUCAAUUGAAGAAAAUGAAGUUUACUUACCUAACGAUGAGCUGUGGAUCUAUGAAAUUGACAGUGGAUUAUGGUCGAUGCAUCUGAUGGAAGGUGAACUGCCUCCAUCCAUGUCUGGAAGUUGCGGAGCGUCUGUUAAUGGAAAGCUGUACAUCUUUGGAGGGUAUGAUGACAAAGGAUACAGCAAUCGGCUCUAUUAUGUUAAUUUGCGAACAAGAAAUGGAACCUAUUUGUGGAAAAAAAUCACAGACUUUAAAGGUCAGCCUCCUACACCACGUGACAAACUUGCCUGCUGGGUGUAUAAAGACAGGCUCAUCUAUUUUGGUGGCUAUGGCUGUAGAAAGCAGAGUGAGCUGUGUGACUGUUUUGAUGUUCAUGAUGCAUACUGGGGAGAACGGAUAUUCUGGGGAUGGCACAAUGACGUUCAUGUGUUUGAUACAACUACACAAACUUGGUAUCAGCCAAAAAUUAAAAAUGGAGUUCCACCUCAGCCUCGAGCAGCACAUUCAUGCACAGUCCUAGGAAACAAAGGUUACGUGUUUGGAGGCCGUGUUUUGCAAAAAAGAAUGAAUGAUUUACAUUAUUUGAAUUUGGAUACCUGGGUUUGGUCAGGAAAAAUUUGUACAAAUGGAGAAAAACCAGGAGACAGAUCAUGGCAUACUUUGACAUCUGUAACAGAUAGUAAACUUUUCCUGUUUGGUGGGCUGAGUUCAGACAAUGUACCCUUAAGUGAUGGUUGGAUUUAUGAUGUCGCAACAAACAAAUGGCAACAACUUACAUACUUACCAAAGAGCAUACCGAGAUUGUGGCAUACAGCUUGUCUUGGUAAAGAAGGUGAAGUGAUGGUCUUUGGAGGAAGUAAAGACGACUUGCAUUUCAUGGACACGGGACACUGCAGCGAUUUAUUGAUUUUUCAGACACAACCAUACUCACUUCUCAGACUGAGCCUUGACUGCAUUGGUAAAAAUGCUGCCCUCUUGGAGAACCAACUGUCCUGGUUACCAUCUAGACUUUUGGAGGAAGCUAUGGAUAAAAUAACUUUUUGGGCUGCUGUUAGCCAUCGUCAAGAAAGAAAAGCCAAAGAAGCAGCACAGGAGCAGAUUAAUGUCUCUUAGCAACCAUUCUUCAUGAAUAUACAGCGCACAGUACAGACCCUUCUUGGAGAUAAUUUAGAAAAGUUACUGUUGACUGGGCUGAAUUUCUAAGGUUGGGUCAGAUCAGGUGAAAGGCACUCUGAUUUGCUAGUGCAUAAGGAAUAGGAGCAGAGUCUACUGGUGUAAUAACAGCCCCACUUAGGGGCUCUGGAGGUUAAUACCAACUUUCUUGGGUUUACUGAGCCAGUUCAUAAAGCUAGUUGAGCCAUUUAUUAUUAUUAAAGCUAAAUAUGUUAAUGAGGCUUCAGACAGUCAAAGCUUUAUUUGGUCAUAUUCCUGUGUAUUGCUACACUUUAGCCAUUGUCUGAAGAGGGGGAUUUCUUUAAUACAUCUGAAGCCGCAAAACUCUCUUCUUUCGACAGCACUGUAAAAAACUUGGUUGAAAGUUGCAUGGGCCGGGUAUUGACACUAUUUUAUAGAAACACUUUAAAGUUGCACUUUUGUGUUAAAUGUUUUUACUGGGCAAAGUUUUACUGUUGCAAUAAACAUAGAUGGACUGUAAAUAAUCACAAUUUUAAAAAUGUUACGCAGACCACAAUGUGUAAGGUUUGUAUUCAACUUUGCUGUUUUUUUGUUAUUUAUUGUAAAGUAUUUAUAAAAUACAAAUUUCCUAUCAGUUUGAGGUAUUUAGCUAAUAGGGACCCUGUUGUUACCAUUUUGCUGUUAUGUUUUGAGUAGAAUCUUACUCUGAAUACUUUUACUCACUUGCCAUUUUGAGCAAAAAUCUUGGAGGGAAAUCUUUUUGUUUAUACAUCUACUUUGAGUUGCCUUCAGGCUGGUUGCAGUAAUAACUAAGAACAUGUGGUAUUAGGAGAUUCGGAGGAGGUAGAGUCAUGCCAUGAUAUGCUGCUUAAUAACUCAGUAUCACAUUUAAGCCAUAUAUCUCUUUAGGGAUAUUUUUGAUACUAGGGGAGGAAUUCAACAUCACACUCUUCUGAUCAUUCCACCAGCACAUGCAUUUCAGUUCCCCAGAGGGAACAAUCCCUUGCCUACUCUCUCCCUCAAACCUAGGGUGUGGGGAGCCCAUUGCGCAAGUGGAAAUCUUUGUGCUAAUGGGACUUGUUAGCCGAAUCCCACCGCGGCAGUUUUGCUUCUGUUGGGGAAGGGGUGAUGCAGAUUUUAUAUAACUGAUCUUUGCUUCCUUGUUCUUAGUGCAGAACCUACAAGCUAAAAUAAGGAAUGUGGGCUUUUACUCCCAAAACCGAGUAUGUGACUCAUCAAAUAUAGAGCUAUGUUUCAGAUAUUUGACUUUGGACCUAAUAUAUGAAUGACUGAAAAUCAGAGGAAUCGGGUGCUUCAAGCACCUGAACAGAUGCAGCAGUUUAGUGAAGCCAUUAAUGCCAACCUUUGUCGUGGAACAACGGCAUAACGUACUUUGAACGUACUGUAGGUAGCAAGUGACUUUUUAUCUACCUUUCGUCAUGAGAUUCACCCCAGUUCUGCUCCCUUCUCGGUAAAAUGUUGCACUUGGCAUUGACGGAUGACGCAGUCUUGGAGCAAAUCAAGAUGUCACAAAUAUUUCUCUUGAAGUAUUUUUAAUGAUCAUCCUGGCAGAUGUUUGGGUUAAGGCUGAAAACUUGUGUGUGGAAGUUGUGUGCCUUUAACAAGCUGAAAUUCAGCAGGCGAAGCUUUUCUGAUGUGCAGGUGAAGUAAUGAGUUAGUUUCCUCUGAAUCUCUGCUUGUUGCACAGCUGUUAAAACACAAAAGGGUUCCAUCCUAAAGAAAAGUUGGCAAAACUAGCCUAGUAGGAUAAGAACCCUUUAUUGCAUUAUUAGAAUUGAUCUGACCAGUUAUGAAAAUUACGGCAUUGGAGAAUGCUGCACAGGAGCAUUCAGUUCUUGCCUUCUGGUCCCCAGCACAUGCAGGAUACUCAAGAGUGCCAUACACGUCAAGCAUUAAAAUGCAAUCCCCUGGGAUGUUCUGCACAAGGCCUCUGCAAGAACGAAUGGGAGCAGCUCCCAUACAUGAGCAGGAAAACCUCAGUGGAUUGCGACAGUAUUUUGAAGUGAUAGUCGUUUAUUUUAAUGGAACCUCUACAUAAUGUGUUUAGGAUUGGUGUGAGAAUUCUAUGAACUUCCAGAUAACCUUGCAAAUAGCAAUGGUGCUACUUAAAAGGUCAAAUCCUGAUGAUUUCAAAGUCAGGGGAACUUGACUCCGAACUUCAGUAGCAUACCUGAGCUAUAAAACUUUGACAGGGAAGUAUCCGCAAGUUUUUCAUAUUGAAAUUGUGUUCAGAAUCAGUUCCAAAGAAAAGUGCCUUUACUGCCUUAUUAUGUUUUCAUGUGUGUUUUACAAUAUCUGCAGAAGACUGAAAUUUUCUCUUGCAAUAAAAACAUGGAAUUCUGA